AUGCUAAAAAUAAUUAUUCCCACAACCAUACUACUACCCAUAACAUGACUCUCUAAAAAUAAUACAAUUUGAAUCAACUUGACCAUGCAUAGCUUAACUAUCAGCCUCAUCCCCUUACUAUUCUUCAACCAAACCAGCACCAACCUCCUCAAUCACUCAACCUAUCUAUCUUCUGACCCACUAGCAGCACCCCUCCUAACACUAACUAUCUGACUUCUACCCCUCAUGAUUAUAGCGAGCCAGUAUCACCUAUAUAACGAACCCCCCUCACAAAAAAAACUUUUCCUCUUCACAAUAAUUCUCCUACAAAUCACCCUAAUUCUGACAUUCAUGGCCACAGAGCUAAUUAUAUUCUACAUUCUAUUUGAAACCACCCUAAUUCCCACCCUAAUUAUCAUUACUAAAUGGGGCAACCAAGCAAAACGCCUCAACGCAAGUACCUACUUUCUAUUCUAUACACUAACCGGCUCUCUACCCCUACUCAUCAUACUAAGCCACACCUACAACAACACAGGCUCAUUAAAUAUUACAUUACUAACACUCACAGACCAAAAACUAACAACCACCUGAUCUCACAACUUUACCUGACUAGCAUGCAUAAUAGCCUUUAUGACAAAAAUACCCCUAUAUGGCCUACACCUGUGACUUCCUAAAGCCCAUGUCGAAGCCCCCAUUGCAGGAUCAAUAGUCCUUGCCGCAGUACUCCUAAAACUAGGUGGCUACGGCAUAAUACGACUUACUCCCAUCCUUAACCCCUUAACAGAAUACAUAGCUUACCCAUUCCUCAUAUUAUCCUUAUGGGGUAUAAUCAUAACAGGCCUAACAUGCCUCCGACAAACAGAUCUAAAAUCACUUAUCGCAUACUCUUCUGUAAGCCACAUGGCCCUUGUAAUUGUAGCCUCUCUCAUCCAAACCCCCUGAAGCUUUUCCGGCGCAACCAUCCUUAUAAUCGCUCACGGACUCACCUCUUCCAUGUACUUCUGCCUAGCCAAUUCAAACUAUGAACGCACCCACAGCCGUACCAUACUACUGUCCCGAGGACUUCAAAUCCUACUCCCACUAACAGCCUUCUGAUGAUUAACAGCAAGCCUUACUAACCUUGCCCUGCCCCCCACUAUCAACCUACUAGGCGAACUCUUUGUAAUCACGACCUCAUUUUCCUGAUCCCAUAUCACCAUUAUGUUGACAGGGCUUAAUAUACUAAUUACGGCCCUCUACUCUCUCCACAUAUUCAUUACAACGCAACGAGGAAUACUUACACACCAUAUAAUCAACAUAAAACCCUCCUUCACACGAGAAAAUAUAUUAAUAUUCAUACACCUCGCCCCAAUUAUCCUUCUGUCUCUCAAUCCCAACAUCAUCCUAGGAUUUACCUCCU